AAGGAUUAAUCCGCCGGACCCGAGGAUGGGAACAACACUCAUAACAAACAUUUGAAUGAAUUAUACAAGGUUCGCGGAGAAAUGUGGAGAUACAUUGAAAAUAAGGGCCAAUAAACAGCACGAAUGUGGACAUCUGGCAGCGACAAAGUGUUAGAUAAAAAUAAUAGUAUGCAUAUGAUAACGCGUUGCAGCAGUUGCAUCUGUGUCUUAAAUGUUUCUGUGGCUGAUAUUACAUUUAGCAUCAUAGACAUAACGAUUUAACAUCGAUGUGGAUGUAUGCAUAACACAUGCACAACUUGCAAGUAGAUCUUGCAGCAAAACGCUACAUAAUUUCCCAUUAGUAAGUGAAUCUUUAUUAAUCAGUCUACUCUAUAACGUUAUUGUAUGCACGAUCUUAAUGUUUCCAUGCAUCUGAUUUCAAAACCGAUAGCAAAACACAGAUUAUAAAUCGCAACUCCGCUACAAUAGUCCUAAAACAACUGUUAAAUGCCUAAAUAAUUAACAAGAGUAUCAACAAUGUCUGCUUUGUGUGCAAAACACCUGCUCCAGAACUUCAAGUGCAUGGUGCACAGGGUUUCAAUUCGGAUCCCGUCGCGUGCACUGUUUAUCUUUAAACGUACCCGUGUUAUAUCUCGAGCCCCUAAAGUGGGUCUUUUCUGCUGGAGUGUAUGCGGCAUCACUUCCGCCUCUGGACAGGAAGCCAUCCAUCAUCAGCAGAGGACCACGGAGAGGAAAUCAGUCGCCCGAGUGCAGAUCCACAGGUUUGUAUUCGUCCUGCGUUUGGGAAUCCGCGCCUUGGUGCUUUCCCUCAAAUUCAGCCCUCUUCUGAUUCUGUAUCCCCUGACUUAUCUAUCACAACGUUGGGCGUCCCAUUGGUUGGAUGCCCUCCUCUGGGUCACGGAAACCUCUGGUCCUACUUUUAUCAAGCUCGGCCAGUGGGCCAGCACUAGACGGGACAUCUUCUCCCAGGACUUCUGCGAUCGCUUCUCAAGGCUUCAUGUGCGGGUGAAGCCGCAUCCCUGGUCCCACACCAAGCUCUGUCUGAGGAGGGCGUUUGGAGACGGAUGGAGGCAGAUGUUUGUGUUUGACGGGAAGGAGCCUGUGGGCUCGGGAUGUGUUGCACAGGUGUACCGUGCCAAAGUCAAGGUGAAGAGCGUUGAAGACCUGGGCUUCCAGAAGCUGGUGGAGGAACUGGAGAAGAACGAUCUCCUGGAGGCCUGGGAGAUCCCUGGUCUGGGAGGAGCUCUGAGCGACUUCUGGGAGACGGAUGAAGAAGAGACAAGGGAUUUCCAAGAGAGACCUGGUCCAGACCCACAGCUGGAGGAAGAGCGUCUGAUUCCUGUAGCAAUUAAGGUUCUUCAUCCAGGAAUCAGGCAGCAGGUGCAGAUCGAUCUGAUCCUGAUGAAAGCGGGAAGUUUAUUCCUCAACUGUUUGCCCGGCAUCAAGUGGCUCAGCCUGCCCGAGAUCGUAGAUGAGUUUGAGAAGCUCAUGACCAGACAGAUCGAUCUUCGGUUUGAAGCGCAGAACAUCGAAAAGUUCCAGAAGAAUUUCAAAGAUCUGCAGUAUGUGAAGUUUCCGACGCCCCUCAGACCGUUUGUCACAAGGACUGUGUUGGUAGAAACAUAUGAGAAAAGUGAACCCAUCUCAAUGUACCUGAGCUCCGAUGUGCCAGAAGGAAUCAAGCAGAGAAUCGCACGGAUGGGUGUCGACCUUCUUCUGAAAAUGGUGUUUGUGGAUAAUUUCGUCCACGGUGACCUCCAUCCCGGGAACAUCCUGGUGCAGGGUGGGCGAGGAGAGGGCCCACAGGACAGGGCAACUCUGACGGACAUGUGUGACACUGUGGUGGUCAGCAUGAGGGCGAGUCCUCCGCCUCUUCAGCUGGUGCUGCUGGACGCAGGGAUCGUGGCGCAGCUCAGCGAGGCGGACCAGCGCAACUUCAGAGCCGUGUUUACCGCUGUCAUUCUCAGACAGGGUGAGCGAGUUGCAGAGCUAAUCCUUCAUCACGCCCGCGCCAAUGAGUGCCAGGAUGUGACGCGUUUCAAGAAGGAAAUGGCUGAGCUAGUGGAUCAUGCACUCAGUGACACACUUUCUCUGGGAAAGAUUCAGGUGUCUGAGCUGUUGUCUCGAGUCUUUGGUUUACUGAUUCAUCACAAGGUGAAGUUGGAGAGUAAUUUUGCAUCUAUGGUGUUUGCCAUCAUGGUCCUGGAGGGUUUGGGUAGAUCCCUGGAUCCCAACCUGGACAUCCUGGAGAUCGCAAAACCCCUCCUGCUGAGAAACCUGCUCUGAUACACUCUUCAGUGACUUCACUGUCAGCAUUUACCUCACUGGUCCAGCCUGCUGCUCAAAUAAAGAGUGCUAAUCAGGGAACUUACCAUCACUCUGGGAUCAAUUUACAUGUGCAUGGUUAUAUAGGGAAAGUUAAAGGUGUUCCUGGGUUAAUAACAUAUCCUGUGAUAUUGGGAUUGGAUUAUACACAUGGGACCAGAUUCAGUGUUUUUGUGUCUUA